CUGCUGCGAAUUUGACGCGUGUCUCGUGCAUUAACCAACACUGAUUAUCUUUGCUAUUCCUCUGUUGCCAAUUUGAUCGCGUAAAUAAUAAUAAUAAUAAUAAUGAUAAUGAUGCAAGUUUUUCUACUACAUAGUUUAUGCUGCGCAUUAAUUGCGCGCUUGUUAUGUGAAACUCCUUCGACUUCGACUUCGGCUUCGACUUCGGCUUGCUUGCGCCGUGCAAUUAGCUGGCCUGCUAUCUCUUUCUAUCUGCAGCCUGUCAGCUGGGAGCCGCACAGACAUGAGUUACUGUGCGUUGAUUGCGUUUAAGGCUUGAUUGUGCAUCAUACAGCAAAGGCAACAACAGCAACAGCAACAAUAAUUUGCUGUUCUUUUGAGCACUGAAAGGCGCAUUUAUUAGUGAUUAUGCAGCGGGUGAGCGAGGAGGAUGCGCCGCGGGCCGCGGGCCGGGGGCAGAUACAAGGCGGUUGGUGUCGCAGAACAUGUGUUUCGACUCCAGCAUCAGGAUGCGCAAGCUUUUUGGUCAAUGUGCUUGACGUGCUGCCACCGAAAAUUUGUCAGCCCCAAUGAUCGAGUCGUUGGACAAGUGGACCAGGAGAAGGAGCAUGGAACGUGGCCAGCGGACGAGGCGACGCGUCGGCGACAUGACAUGGCCGUUGAUAAUCAAGCGGCAAGCGCAGCAGAAGGUCGCCAGAUCGUUGAUAAUGCAGCAGGAGCGGGCGGCAGGGCAAGAGAAGAACUGCAGCAGGAGAAGGCGCACAAGCAGAAGCAAAAGGGAAUGCGAGAAGCAGUGGCUGACGUGGAAGCUGCUGAGGACAGCAGGAGAAUCUACCAAGAGUAACUGCAGCAGCAGCAACAGCAGCAGCAACUGUUGCUAUAGAC